UCUUAAAGGGAGAGUACGAUAAAUAUACUUACUUGUCAAAUCGGUCUAUAAUGGCUGGGAUUAAAGGAUUAAUAAUUUUGGCAUUUGCUGGCUCCAUUGGCAUGACACUUGUCAUACUUAGUUGUGCUUUACCUAGAGUAUGCUGGCCACUUUUUGUUGUGUUAUUCUAUGUACUGGCUCCAAUCCCAACAAUAAUUGCACGUCGUUACACAUCUGAAUUUGGAAAUAAUCCCAAUCCAUGUCUGGAAUUGGCAAUAUUCAUCACUAUGGGCUUUGUUGUAUCAUCUUUUGCUCUUCCCAUUGUCUUAGCUCGGUCUCCAGCCAAUGAUCCAGUGAUACAAUGGGGUGCUUGUUACUUGACUUUAGCAGGUAAUGUUGUUGUGUACCUAACUCUAGUCGGACUUUUUGUAACUGUUGAUCAAGAUGAUAUUGACUACAACACAAUGCUGUCCUGAAAUGCUGUACUUAUUUAUUAAUUUUUCAUGGUUUUUCCAAGAAAAAAAGAAGAAUGUAAAUCACAUACUGCACUGACUGACAGUUUUGUGUUGAUUCUAAGU